AUGCAAGUUCGGUUGCGAUUUCUGGUACCACGGCCAGUCGCCAGCUGCGAAGGUGGGGACGUAAGCGUGCUACUCCAGCGGAGUGAGCGUGCUUCACCAGACGAGCAGCCGCAGACUUGUGUGCGAGCAGCUGACGCCUCAGAGGGUGCGCUCACAGCUGAGACGCUCUGGGGCUACCCGCACCAUGGGCGGCUUUCCUACUGCUAUGGUUACCAGGAUCGCCAGAGUUGCCGCCUUGAGCGAACUGUACCCGUGCGGUGGCUGGUUGCCGUGCUCGGAGAUAACACUGAGCCCCACGCAGCUCCGCAAGUACCUGUAUACAGUUUCGACGAUACGAUCGUACGUGUUCGCUUCGCUUUGAAGGUUCAUACAGCUUUUGGACGCUUCGUAGUGGUAAAGUGCUGCGAGAGUGUCUGCGUCUUGCAGUGGUCCGCAACCGAUAUCUGGCGUGGCGAAAUGACUAUUGACAGCUCAGAGGUACUGUGGGGCGACGAUCUUGCUUAUCAAUGGGCGGACCUUCCCGAGGCCGAAGCGAUGACGGUCACCGCGGCGGACGCGUGCUGGAGCCGGAGCACCAUGCAGCUCCUGAAACUUGAAUCCAACACCGCCGUUCGAGAGCGCCCUGAGGAGCCCUGCAGGAGCGCACCAGACGAUGCCAUACCAGAGCCGCCAAUCAGUCUCUCUCUGACUCCAGGUGUGCCCGUGACGCCGUGGCCUCAAUAUGUUAAAAAUGUAGGCGACCUGCGCAUCGAACGUCUCUACACUUCCUGGUUGCAACUGAGGAUCGCCCCAGCAAACAAUUCAAAUGGCGAAGGCGACGCUUCACUUGAUAGCGAACUCCAUGGUCUGGUGAGCGAAGAGGAAUGGAGGGCUUUGAGUCGUUUUGGACAGCGCCUCUCGCCUACUUCAGCAUGGAGCCAGGAGCCGAUGAUGACGAUUCCACGCGAAAAAAUCGAUGAAAAUACCCGUUUAAUGGACGAACCGUCCUUCAGUAUCGGGCAGCCUCCGAAAGCAUCGAAAAAGAACCAAGCCGCAGAAUCGCCUUCGGGGCCACAACCGCAUCAGCAACAACGCCCGCGUCGAUGGCGUCUCCUGCUUUUCUGUCUGCUCUGGUCGUGGGCGGCGGUGGGAGCGUUAUACGCUUACAGGCAGAACUUUGCUCCAACUGAAAGGUUCGCUGGAAAGCGCCACUCGCUAAAGCGGCAAUGA